UCUUUGACACAAAAUUACUGUUCCAGGUGCGUUCCUGAUUCCAUUCGCAGUGAUGCUGAUCCUGGAAGGCAUUCCGCUUUUUCUGAUCGAACUGGGAAUCGGUCAGAAGAUGCGCCUUGGCUCGUUGGGUGUGUGGAACACCAUCCACCCAUGGCUGGGAGGCAUCGGAAUUUCGUCCACCAUCGUCACUUUUUUCGUCGCGCUCUACUACAACGUUAUCAUCACGUGGUGCUUCUAUUACUUCUUCAACAGCUUUCAGAGUCCACUGCCUUAUGACAGCUGCCCAAUAAUAAACGGUACCGUGGAACCUGAAUGCCACAAAUCGUCAGCGACCGCUUACUUUUGGUACCGAGUCACUUUGGACGCAUCGUCCAGUAUUGAAGAACCAGGUUGGCCAAGGUGGUGGAUCGUACUUUGCUUGUUGCUCUCCUGGAUCAUCGUCUUCUUCAUUGUGAUGAAGGGCAUACAAAGCUCGGGAAAGGUUGUGUACUUCACUUCGAUGUUUCCAUACUUAGUAUUAACUAUAUUUUUUGUAAGAGGUAUUACCUUAGAAGGAGCUGGUGCUGGUCUAACACAUAUGUUGAAGCCAAAGGUGGACAAACUUCUGGAUCCAAAAGUAUGGUUGGACGCAGCAACGCAAGUCUUCUACUCCUUUGGUCUAGCUUUUGGAUCUCUGAUCGCUUUUGGAUCCUACAAUACUCCAAAGAACAAUUGCGUCCGCGAUGUCAUCUUAGUGUCAGUUUGCAAUGCUAUGACCGCUAUAUAUGCGAGUGUAGUAAUUUUCGCCAUAUUGGGCUUCAAGGCCGUUAGCAAUGUCAAGAGCUGUGAAAAAGAUAACGAAGAAUUACUUGCCCAAUCACAUGGGUUAGCAACAACGGUAGCAAUGGGAGAUCAUCUGAACAUCACUGGUUUGAGGGAUUGUUCUCUGGACAGAGAAUUAGAUGCAGCUGCCGAGGGAACAGGUCUAGCUUUCAUAGUCUUCACGCAAGCCAUCGUAGAGUUGCCAGGCGCACCAUUCUGGGCUAUCAUCUUUUUCAUGAUGCUUCUUUCACUGGGUAUCGGUUCUCAAAUCGGUAUCCUGGAAGGCAUGCUAUGUACGAUCUUUGACAUCGAGAUAUUCAAGAGGGUCAGCAAACAGUACAUCACAGCAACUGUGUGCAUAAUUUGCUUCUUCGUCGGCAUAAUCUUCACAACAGGCGCUGGCGAAUACUGGCUAAGCAUGUUCGACUCAUUCGCUGGAACCAUUGGACUGGUAGUGGUCGCCAUGAUGGAAAUGAUAUCGGUGGUCUACGUUUACGGACACGAGAAAUUCACCAAAGACAUCCAAGAUAUGACAGGAUACAAGCCAGGCAUCUACUGGCAGGUCACGUGGCGGUUUCUAGCUCCCAUCAUCAUGGCGGUCAUUUUGGUGUCCUCGGUGGUGUCUAUGGUUAUCAAGCAUCCGACGUAUCAAGCGUGGAGUAGAGAAGAGGGUGAUACCGUAGCUACCCCUUAUCCCACUUGGGUGCUUGGCAUAGCAAUCUCGAUGAUCCUGGCAGGCAUCCUUCCGAUCCCCAUAGUAUUCCUGCUGCGUCGCUACCAGAUCCUGAAGAUGGACAUCAACAUUCACGAAGGCUCCAUUAGAAGGAUCGACACUACUGUGUCCACGAAGGAAAUGAUCACAGACGUUGAUGAACAAUUAACAAGUCCGGACGGUCCUUGUCUAACAGCUACAAACACGCUCAAAAACAAAUUCACUAUAGGAGAUUUCGAAGUGUAAAAUCUGGACGACGAGGACGACCUAGGCCCCUGUGGCCCCUACCCCCCUCCACACCUAUCUGAUGAUUCAGACUCUGAUGAUUCGGAUCCUGAAAGGGGGCCAAGGGUCCUCAACGGCCAUUUCGGCAGGCCCAUCCAUAUGUUGCAUGUUGACAGUCGAAACUGACACACAGGAGAUGUCUUCACCAUAAAUUCUUCACCGUUCAGUUUUAAGUCGCAUUCAUAACUCAAAUUGGUUGUUAUGAGAGGAGUUUUGGAGCAGCUUCGAUAAACCAUUCAUUGAAAUGGUUGGCUAAAGCAUUUACAUCAUUAUGUACAGGUAAGACAAACUGAUCAAAUGGUGUUUUGGGUGUGUUAGUUAAUUCUCGCAUUGCAUUCCAAAUUCCUUUAACACUAUUGCCAUGAUUAUUUGUUUUGUCUAAAUAGUAUUGCGAUUUUGAAUCUUUCAAGAGUUUCUCAUAUGUCUGAUUACAACUUUUAAAAAACCUUAAUAUUUUAUGUCAUUUUCUAAAAUUAUUUGAAGAGCACUCACCCUGUUCCUGAGUCAAUCCAAUACCAGGAUAAUCCAAGGAGGUUUCUUGCUUUUCGCAGCUCGCUUUUUAAUCUUCAGAGGAAAAUGGAAAUUUAAUCUGCUUUGUAUUAUCUGAGAAAAUAUAUCCCACUUUUUGUUUACGUCGACACUAUUAUAUAUUUCGUUCCAUGAUGCCGAGUUUAGAUCUUGCAGAAAACUAUUUAUAUGUGAGUCAGAAAAACACUCUAAUCAAUUUUGGACUUAUGACCGAUAUUGAUAUUGAGUGAAAAGAGGGCAUUGUUGCCGUUUGUGGUCAGAAAAAAGUGCAUCAAUAAUUUUAGACUGAAAGUUCACAUCUGUUUUAAUGAAAAUAUUGUCCAAACAUGAUUUGGAGUCAUUAUUAUUAUUGACGGAUACGGCUGCUUCCCAAAUUACUUAAAAUUAUCAGAUAUAGAGACUCAACUAGAAAGAAAAAUAAGAAAUGUUGCUUAAAGCUACCACUUUCAGAGAAAUGCUUAAAAGUGAUUUAUCUCAAAAUCGGCAAGCUGAAAUCUGUCGGCAACGUCCUUAAAUAUUUACCCCGACUUUUUUUUUAACCUUGCACAAAAAAAUUGCUAAAGCUUCAGUUAAAGUCUCUAAGCAUGUUCUGUGAUACACGAUAUUAUCAAUAGACGCAUUUUUUGAGCUAAAACGUGACAACGACUGCCUAAAUGGAUUUGGAUGGCCUAAUAUUCCCUAACUUUGAUAUUAUGGAUAAACAUCUGAAGCGUAACUAGUAGGAUUCUAAUUUUGUUAAGAAUAUUAGAGAACGUUUUAUGUUGUAUUAUAUCCUAGAAUAUUAUCAUUUUCACUUCUCGGUAUCAUAAAAAAUAGGACUUUACAUAUAACAAGCCAAAUUUGCAGAAGAUCUUUAUAAAGGAUGUUUUAAAAAUGGUGUCAGUAAUAAUUUUGAAACGGAAAAUACGUUGAACAGUAUUCCUAUAGGCAUGAACCUUCCUUGCCAGAAUGCAGGGUAUUUUGACACCUCCAAAAAUAUUCACUAUGCCACUGACUUUUUAGGAACACCAGUUGGCAUCCUUUAAACUAAGAAAUUCAAUUUUAUUUUGUAUUAAUUCUCUCCUUUGAUAAAUUUUUAUCAGAUCCGUUUAAGAACAUGUAGAACCGUUCUUCUUAACAAGCACUCUAACGCUGGUGAGGUUUUACAGCGAAAAUGGUAUGUAGCAUGAUAGAGGUGUGCCGUUAGUGAUCUAGAAAAUGCUAUUCACGAUCAUAGUGGCACAUUUAACGUAUUUUAUCAUUUAUGUUUAUAGGAACUUUUCAUAUUAUUUACGGACGUUAUGGAUUGUUGGAUGUGUAGAGGUAGAGAGUUUGAUAAUAUAAAUAUUUUAUUCAACAUCUUUGAAUUUGGACGUUUGUUGGCGGAUACAAGAUAUAAACAAACAUGGACCGUUGGAGUCUGGAUCAUAAUGAGGACAUCUCCUGUGUCCAGUGUAGUUAUUGUUAACUAGAGUUAGGCUAGAUGUUGUAAACAAUUCUGUGUAUGUUCAUACAUAUUUUGUAUAUAUUGUAUAUAUUAAGAUGUCCCGUCAAACGUAGUGAUAUGAAAAAGAAGAAUUUUACCAAACAUGAAACAUGUUAUUAGAACAUUCGAUUACACAUUGCUUUUUUGAACAAAAGUAAAAGUAUUCUAGUCAGAAAUUGCUGUAUACCAUAUAUAUAUACAGAAGCAUCAAGAUAUGACUGGCAUGUAUUAUAAAAAAUGUUUUAAUGCUUCGUAGUUGAUGUAUCGGAUUAAAUCAGAACAUUCCUUUCAAAUGACCUACGUGACCCAGUGAUUUGCUCACUGUAAAUAAGAAAGCAAUAAAUCCAAAAGUAUUUCGAAAAUUCACAUAGUAUCGUAAUAAGCUUUCCGGACUUAUAUCGUUUAUAUCUUAUUUGCCAAAAUGUUGAUGCUUCUCGUACGUUUGCCCUAUAAGGGUGGAAAAUCGUUAAAAGCUUGUUGAUAUUAGGGUAUGCCUAGCAUAUAAAAGCCUUGAAGGUGGAAUUAAAUUAGCCAAUUACUACAUAACGAAAGAUACAAUAAUUACUUGGUAAUAUUCGUGAAUGUUCAUCUGUCAUCUUCUUAUUUCUUAGCACACUGCAACAAACACAGAAUGAGUGCUAUAAGAAGACCGUGAUACAAAAAAAUAUUGAUGAAUUUUUGUUACUUUAAAUUUACAAUAUAAUUUCUGGAAGACAGAUGGAAUGCACAUCUAAAUGGAUAAGGAAGCUUUCCUAUCUGAUCAUAAGAAAAACAAAAACCAUAAAACCGGGAAUCCGAUAGUUAAGGACAUAGUAGCAUAAUUUCGAAUGGUCCUCUUGGGAUAUCCGUUGAGAAAGCAUUAUAAUUCACUCCAAAAAGCUUACAUUUUAUCACUUGCGAUCACAUCGUAUUAAAACCCAAUGACAAUUAUCUACACAGAACUUUAAAUAUUCGCAAAUAUGCUUAAAUCAACUCCUUACUUCCUGAUACUAAUACUGCUAUAGGCUAACGUCUCUAUCUGCUAACUGCUUUGGCCCGGUCUUAACUUUUAGUUAGCUAUGAAAAAGCGUUUUUUAAUAUCAUGUUUAUAGUAAAACGGUAAUUAACUUCAAUCAGAAGAUCAUCUAUGAGUUAAAUAAAAAGGCUGUAAUUGAAUAGCAAUACCUAACUUUUGUUGUCACAGACUUGUGACAUUUAUUCAAAAAUUCACAAAUUCAUAUCAAUUUAUCGAUAAAUAUAAAUAAAAGCUAAAAUAUCUUAUUGAAUUAUGACGUGAAAGCGUAUAGCAGAUACGAAGAGGCUUAAAAGCAAAAAAUAAUCCGGCAUCGGCCGAAUUACUUUGACGAAUUUGACGACCUGGAUUUCCUUGCAAAAUUUCGUCUUACAAAAAGGACUGUAGAAACAAAACUUUUCUCUUUCCAGCUGAAGACCUGUAUUUGUGUGUCGUACGUUAUACAUUUAAUACCUAAAAGGUGGCAAACACGAUAUUCAACAGAUAUUUACAAACUUAAUUGUAUUUUAAGCGUAUUUUUUGACCUACACACAAUUUCCAUAAUCCCGCCUGUCGCGUCCACUACUAAACAUUUGUACAAGCAAAUACGUAUGACGGUAUGAAGAAGACACAGACGUCGAGUACUCCAAACGCCCAUAACACGAUAUCCAAGAACCGCAUAUGAAGAGUUGCAACAUAAAUAUAGUAUAAUGAACUUCUGGUAAGUUAACUGGCGCUGUCAAAAUACCUUAAAAAGGCAUUUACAGGCAAUUUCCUGGUUAUUUUUAACUAACCAAAAAGUUAUCUUGCUAUUAAAAAACCAAGGCUCAAGGUGGCUGUAAAAACCUUGGGUCUAAACAUAGACUUAUCAAUAGCCCAGUCAAACUGUAUUAAUUGUUCACUGUAUUCUGAAGAAAAUGAGUCACUUGCUUUUAAUUCUCUGCAUUCAAAUCAAUUAUUUGGAACAAUUAGCGCUCUUUAAUCUAUUGCGCUUAACAGAAGUUCAAAAUGUAUACAGGUAAUUAUUAUUUAGAUUUGUAAAAUAAAGUGAACAAGAGUAAAGAGACCACAAUAUGUCGCAAAAUAAACAGAAGUUAACUCAAAAGGCUUUUGAUGAAAAAUAUUCCCAACGACGUUGUUUAAAUGACCUGCUGCUAUGCCCUUAAAUUUAUUUAUACGAGAACUGCUAUCAAUUUGAAAAGAACAUUUUGAAUUUUUAUUUUAUACACUAUUCUGUGUUUGUUGUUGAAAUGUUAUCUGGUUUUGAGGUUAUUAUCAUGUGUAAUACGUGUAUAGAAGUCAUCCCUGUAAUAAUAAUUGUGUGCCUCUAUAACUUUUAUAAGAAGCAUAACUACCAAUAAAGCGGAAAACUACUUAAGAAUCCAAGAAAAAGUAUUGCCAAAUUCGUUGUGAUAAUGUUUGAUUCAGUUGGUUUACUUCGAGUGUAUCGUAUAGCAUUGAUCAUCUGUUGUAAAUCUAACCUGCUUUGGGGCUUCUGAAUAAGUUGAAUAUCUAAGUACAAGUUUAAGGUACUUACGAGUGGUAUCUCAGAAGAAUUAGUAUUAUUUUUAUUUACAGUUGUCCAGUGAGCUUUCAAAGCUUACGUGUGUACUUACAAUGUUGACGGAGAUGACAACGGUGACAACUUAUUCAGUAAUCGCGAAGUAGGAUUAGAAUUUACCAUUACGAUAUCUAUUGUACACAUCCGCAUUCACAGAAUAUUUAGAAAUCAAAUUUUUCGGUCUUAACAAUUAAUGCACCUAAAAAAUUCUUACUACAGUGCACACAAACAUCUAGAAUUUCUAUAUUUUUGAUGUAAUAUUUAUAGUAUCGUGUUUUUCAAUAUGCCUCCCUAUAUGGAAACCUUUACUACUAAUGUUAUAAAAUAUUUUGUAUAUCUCAAAUGAUUUACUCCAUUGUUAGUAAAAAGGUAUGCUAUGAGUUUUUUUUUAAUCAGAUCUCAUACAUCAACGAUACUAUAUCAAACGGUGUAUCCAGAACCACUGAUACAAGAUCAUUAAUUCAAAUGUAGUCUACAAAAUUUUGAUUGUGUAAUGGUAGAACAAUAGCUGUGGUACAUUUCUGAUAAACAUUGGUUGUAAACAUCUUGCCACUGAUUUUCCUGCAGGUAAGAAGAUUCCUUUUAUUUGAAUUAUGUGAUCCUUUUAACAACCAGAUCAUGGUAAAGAAAGAUGACAUACCAAAGUUUCGGAAUCGAAAGAAAUGAAGGUUUAUAAAUCAUACAUUUAACGAAUUAUUCAUUUCCAUCCUAUUCAGUACCUGUUUAGGUUUAAAAGAGAUUUAAGCUUACAAAACGUAAACCAAGCAGUACUAGGAUAUUCUUAUGCAUAAGUACAAUACUCUUCCAUCGACUGAAAAUAGUUUUUUCCACUAAAGUGUUGCUGUAAAAUUUGUUCAUUGAACAAUUUUUAUUCUAUUGUCAUGAUCGAAAUCCAUACUUUCUGCAUAUGUCACUCAUAACAAACAGAAGCAUGUUUCUGCAUGUCAAAUGUUGCAAACUUAUAAAUCGAUCAAUAUUGUCAGAAAAUGUUUAGGAUAUUUUCCGGCUACAAUAUUGCGGAAGGAAAGAAGAAGGGUGAUUGAACUUUUGGUUUGUACAGAGCAUAUCCACAAAAACUGAGCUACUUGAUAAAGGAAGGAUACUUCAAAGAAUUGCGAGGUCCAUCAAGAACGUCAACAUAACCUCCUUACCCUAUACAAAUAAGAACCCUGCUCCAUGAUAUCAAUUCAAUUUGAUACCUUUAUUUUAUAUAGAAUAAUAUUACCUUUGGCUUACAUAUAAACAAUGAAAACCAACAAUAUGUUGCUUCUAUAUACAUUCAAAAUACGUACUUCUUAGGAAAGGGGUGAAAUACGAGGAGGAGGAUAGGGGUAGGUUAAAACUUUCUUACAAGGUAUAACUAGAGAGAUUGUGGAAAAACGUUGCUGUUUUGCUGACCUUGAGCAGUUCAAAUAUUGAAUUAACAAGGUAUCAUGAACAUUUUGCGCAAAGUAUGGUUUUCGGUUCAGAAAUCUAAGAUGUCGUUAAAGGUUAUUGCAACCAAUGUAAUAUUCGAAUCUCAAAAAUAAUUACUCUGGGUUUUAUUAUCAACAUAAGGUUUGCUCAGUUUAUUCCGUGAUAUGAGGGUACGCAUGCGCAUCUGUGUUUUUAAGAUUAGGGUCUUUUUGUUAUCAUGCUAAAGCAUAUAAAACUAGGUGGUGUCUUUCAAGAAAGCGAAGAUGAGCUUAUAAGUCUUACGAUAAAUAAACAUUUGUUAUUCUCUAAAAUGUAUAAAUAAAACUUCUCAAACAGGAAGUCUACUUAAAGCUACUAUAAGACUGUUCACUUUGAUUCUAAUAUUAGCAUCAUUAAGUUAUAAAUGUUUAAAACACAAAUACUUUGAAAUUAACGACUGUGCGAGGCAGGCUAGAUUAUAUGAUAUGAUCACUCUUCUAUCACUUAUAUGUCAAGAUAACACAAAUAUGGAAUCACAAUAAGCGAAAGGUUAUGCAAUCGGUCCUGAACAGCGUUUUUCGAAAAGCUCCCUCUUCGCAAUUGAUUUUCGGCGCAAUGAAAUUGUCGCAUGAAUUCUAUAUUUUAACGUAAAAAAACACUUGAGUUUAAAGAUAGCGGAUAAGCGUUAUUUUGGAACAUGCUUGUGAAUGGAAUAGGGGGUCGCACGAUACCUCAUUUUCAAGCUACUUAUCAUUGCUUUGUAAGCCUAAACUACAAGAGCGGUUCAAUAAGUACCCGUGUUAGAAAUGAAAACAUCAUUUUCUGAAAUAUUUCUUUUUAUUUUUCAACAUAUCCCCCUUUUAGAAAGAUACACUUUUCUCACCGUUCCUGAAAUUUUUAGCGCAUUCCGAGUUUCAGCCUGCUUACUCGAUCCAUUCAAAAAAUAAGUGGAGAGAAGGACUUUUUCAAAAGCACUGUAUGUGUACUUUCCUAAUACCACAGAAAAAUGUUUUGAUGUUACCUCAAAAGUAAGCUCCAUUUAUUGAAAGAUAUUCUAAUCGUACGUCAAAAAGCUCAUCUAUGCUUUUAAAUAGUUUUUUGAGCAUUACAAUAUUAGUUUGUUGUUCCUCUGGAAAUGAUAUGUGAUUGGAUUGUUCACGUAUAAGUAAAUAGAUUGUAAUACUAUCAAACGAAGUAAGACUGUUGUUCUGGUAAAGAAUUCUAAAUUCUUUAUGUAGAAUGUAGGGAGAGGGAUUAUUAUGUACUUAUUUAGGAAUAAAACGUUCAUGAUGCAAAGAAA